CAGUGAGGGAGGAACCCCUGAAACCACCCCCACCACCGGGGUGGUCCGACAAACCAGCGUAACCCUGAGCCACCCCGAGAGCGACGAGGAAGAUGAGGAGAAAACAGAGGAGGUGGAAGAAGUGGAGGAUGAGGAAGAUCAGACGAUAGUGGACGAUAGCCCCGACGGAGGGUGUUUCAGUACCCCCCGGAUGCAGAGGGGCAGUGGGCGUGGUGGUAGCAGUAGUUCAGCGGAGGACCUCCAGAGCCGGACCCCCUCUCCAGUCGAGAGCCUGGGGGAGGAAGAGAUGGAGAAGAUGUCGUCGUUGGACACGGAAGAUGGGGAGGAUCAGGAUGUGGAUAGCAGUCUGGACAGCAGUGUGGGGUCAUCCCUGAAAGAGAGGCUAGCUGAAUUGAGCAGUGGUGAGGAGGAGUGGAAGGCCAAGCUGAAGAAGCCCAAGGAUCUGGUGCAGAAGUCCCUGGCUGACCGUUUCAACCAGCUCCAGGACUCUGGAGAUGCCUGGAAGAAGAAGAAGUCCAGUGCGGACGUGGAGACCAAGAUGUCCCUGGCGGACAGGAUGAAGAUCCUACAGGAGAAGGAGGAGGCAUGGAAGAGCAGGGGGCGGGGCGCCGCCAACGAUUCCACCCAGUUCACCGUGGCCGGGCGCAUGGCCAAGAGAGGUCUUGUGUCCGAGACUGGUAAAGAGGAGUCUCCCAUUUCCCACAUUAAGAAGUCCAGCACCACGCCAGUCAAGCCACAUGAAGAAAUCUCCACUCCGACUGGUGUCAAGGUGGAAGGGGACAAGAGGCUGGACAAGCUAGAGUCCUUCCUGGACAAGCUCCACAGUAAAGGGCUGGGGCAUAGCCGGACUUCCACCAUCGAGGUGACUGCCGAGACUGAGAAGGAGGUCAUGACCCUGGAUGAUGAGGAGACGUUUGGCCGCUUUUACAAACCUGUGUCGCCCACCGCCCGAGGCGCUGUCGUUACUGCACUGACCGAGGAGGAAUUCAGCGACCUUCAAGCCGACACGCCAAAGUUGACGUCGGCAGUGACGGAGCACAAGCGUGCUGUGCGUCCUACUCGGAAUAACCAGGGCUCACGCAACCCCCUCCGUGCCCUGGCGGCCCGCAACGACAUCCGCCAGGUCUACACGGAACAGAGACUCAAUAUAGCUACCGUGGAAACCAAGAGGAUCCAAGUGGAGAGGAUGGCCAAGCAUUCCAACCUGGCGGACGCAGCUCUGGCCGGCCUGGCUAGCAAGGAGAACUUCCGCAAGGUCAACCUGCGCAGCACCAAGUCCACUGAGGUGGUGACCAACAACAGCACGCUGCCCUUCAACAAGCUCAUGCUCAUCCGCAUCAAAGGUCGGAGGCACGUGCAGGUGCGUCUGGUGGAGCCCGCUGCCCAUUCCCUGAACAGCGGCGACUGCUUCCUGCUCAUCACCCCCAAACACUGCUUCAUGUGGAGCGGAGAGUUCGCCAACGUCAUCGAGAAAGCCAAGGCCUCAGAGAUGGCAUCGUUCGUGCAGGCUAAGAGGGACCUUGGUUGUAAGGCCUCCCAGGUGACUGUGCUGGAGGAGGGCAUCAACACUGACAACAAAUGGGCUAAGGAGUUCUGGGACCUACUGGGGGGCAAGACCGACUACAGAGGUGCAGGGGAGCCGGAGGAGGAUGAGCUGUAUGAAAGUGGUGUGUUAGACUCUAAUGGGGUCUACGGGCUGCAGGAGGGCAAACUGGUGCCCCACAAAGAGGCCUGGGCCUCCAUCCCUAGUGUCACCCUGCUCAACUCUAAAGAGGUGUUAGUGUUUGACUUUGGCAGUGAGGUGUACGUGUGGACGGGGAAGGACGUCCCCCUUGGUGACAGAAAGGUGGCUGUCCAAUUAGGGAGGCAGCUGUGGAGCGGUUCUUACGACUACAGCAGCUGCAGGGUCAAUCCCCUGGACGCCUGUUCAACCAAUACUGAUGUCCCUGAGCAGGGUGAGGGACGUCCCAGCUGGGCUCUGUUCGGCCGUCUGUCGGAGCACAACGAGACUGCUCUGUUCAGAGAGAAGUUCCUGGACUGGGCUGAGAGGAAAGAGGAGUCUGCCAUGGAUGAGGCCAAGAGCCCUGUGCACUCUACCCUCCGCUCGCCCCUUGAGGCGGCCAAGCCCGACGUCUUAAAACCGUGCGACGCCAAGGCCCUGCUGGACAGUGUGGGUGGCCCCGUACGUAGCCUCCUGGAGGGCGUAGACGUUCAGCGUGGCUACGGGAUGGUCCGAACGGAGGACGGACGCCAGGCGGAGCUCGCCACAGUGGCAGUGGACGCCUGGCAUAUCCGGGAGUUUGAGGAGGAGGAGCUGGUGGCGGCGAGCUUGGGCCAGCUGCACGAAGGAGACACCUACGUGAUCCGCUGGAAGUACUCGGUCACCACUGUGGUGGGUAAGAGGCAGAAGCCGGGGGAGCUGAGUAGUGGGGGUCCAGGUCGGGAGCGCAGCGCCUGUUUCUUCUGGCAGGGCCGUCACUCCAGCGUCAGUGGCAAGGGCACCUCCGCACUGAUGACCGUCGAGCUGGGGAACCACAGGGGGGGCACAGGUUAGUCCACAGUGUUGGUGGCACAGGGCAAGGAGCCUCCAUGUUUCCUGCAGCUCUUCCAGGGAGGCCUGGUCAUCCAAAAGGGUAGCAGAGAAGAUGAUGGCGUCAACAACACCGGCGGCUGGCAUCUGUACUGCGUGCGCGGGGAAGCCACUGUGGAGGCUUCCCUGGUGGAGGUGGAGUGUUGCUGUGCCAGCCUGCGUUCCCGUGCCACCCUGGUUCUGCUGGAUGCCCACCAGGGACAGCUCUACCUGUGGCACGGAUGUAAGUCCCACGCCAGUGCCAGGGAGGUGGGCGCCAGGGCUGUGGAAAGGCUCAAGCAGAGGCAUCCUUCUGAGCUGGGCCUGAACAGUAACAGCAGUCUGAAGGUGGAGGAGGUAGAGGAAGGCACGGAGCCAGUUGGGUUCAGGAAUGCUCUGGGACAGCAGGACAGGAAGGCAUACGACUGCAUGCUCCAAGAUCCAGGGAAAUACAACUUCACCCCGCGACUCUUCUGUCUGAGCGCCAGCUCGGGAGUAUUUGAAGGGGAGGAACUGUUGAGCCCGGCCCGUGUGACUGGGGCCGUCAUGGCCAUGCCCUUCCUCCAGGAGAAUCUAUACUCUGUGCCACAGCCAGGCCUCUUCAUGCUAGAUAACCGUAUGGAGGUGUACCUGUGGCAGGGCCGGCAGCCCGACGACGGAGAGUGUACAGGCUCAGCCAAGAUCCGCUGGGAGAACCAGAAGAAGUGUGCCAUGGAGACGGUGCUGCAGUACUGCAAAGAGAAGAACUCUCGCCGCCCCCCUCAGGCCUACCUGGUCCUAGCGGGCUCUGAACCGCUGACCUUCACCAACAUCUUCCCCUACUGGGAGAGAGAUCCCAACAUCACCACCCAGGCGGAGGGGGCACGCAACAAGGUGACCCUGGUGCAGGACGCCCUGAACUGGCUGAGUAAGAACCAAUACUCUGUGGAGGAGCUAACGGCCAAGCCUCUACCAGAAGGAGUGGACCCCCUCCGCCUGGAGAUCUACCUUUCAGACCAGGACUUCCAGAGGGUCUUGGAGAUGACUCGCACCGAAUUCAACGCCCUGCCAAACUGGAAACAGAAGAACCUGAAGAAAAGCAAGGGUCUUUUUUAAAAAGUUUUCCUUUUUUGUUGUUGUAAACAAACCAAAAAACAAGAGGACAUUUUAAAGUCCAUAUGGCACCUUUUUCAUACGGUUUUGUAUUCUGGGGGAAAUCAUGUUGUUUUUUUCAUGUAAACCGAAAGAACAAAACACAUGUACAGACUUGUAUCUGUUUGAAAACAGUAACCUCUUUUUAAAAAUGCCAAUUUUAUAGACCUUUCCUACAAAGCAAUAUAUUGUAGCCAAAUAUAUACAGUAUAUGCAAGUGUUACCUUUUGGCAGCGAGGUUAUUGUUAAUUAUAGUGAACUAUAUAUGCCCCUGAAUUAUAAAUAUGUAUUAUAAAUGUCUGUUCUUACAUGUG